AUGUCGAGCUCGCCUGAGCCCAACUUUGCCAAUGGUGAUACUUCACCAGCGGUACAGGUUGGGAACAGGGUCGUACUUGACGAUCGAGUCAGCGAGAGCGAUCUAUCAGACGUGAACGAGACUGCUGCCCUACCUGCCGCUGCCUCCCCAUCCACCCGUCACGAAUCAUCCCCAGACGCAGAAGUAGAUCCAGAUCCACAAGACGCUGCCGAUUCUAGCGAGAACGACGCAAAUGCUUCCGAUGAUGCCGACUUCGACAUGGAGGACAGUCCCGUUCCGUCACAUAGCGAUGCCCCUCAAGACGAACGUUCGUCUUCCAAUGACUCCCGUCGCGUCCCGAAGCGGAAAGCUGGGGUGGAGGACGAUACCUACAUACGAGACAACCCAGAACUGUAUGGGCUCAGAAGAAGUUCUCGUCCGACGAAGCAGGCCAAGAUUGUUGAUUCUGACGAAGACGAGGAAUCGGAUUCCGACGUGGCUCCUACAAAUCGGCGGACGAAGAAGCUUCGCGUCGAACAAGGCUCGCGUCAAUCAUCCAAACGCGCCACGCCUGUACGGCAGACACCGGCAGCCGACUCCGACUCCGAUACAUACGGCGGUGCCCGAGCCCGAUCAUUCAUCAAGAAAGCGCGCCGCCAACCGACACAGCCCCAACCCUCCAACUUGCGAUGGUCGGAACGCACAGCUACAAAGCAGGUGCAAACAUAUCAAGAAAGCGACCUCGAUGAUGAGGAGGAAUCGGAACUCACACCCAACUAUUGGGCUGGGGAUUUCCCAGAAGACACCCAGUACAUCGCGAAGGUCGUUGGCCACCGUGUCAAGGAUGGUGGUGAAAUGACCGAAGAUCUCACCAGAGAUGACUUCGAGUAUAACAUCAAGUGGCAAGGAAAGUCGUACCUCCACAACUCCUGGGACACUAUGGAGACAUUGCGCGGCUAUCGCGGUUUUCGCAAGCUCGAGAACUACCACAAGAGAACAGUCGAGUACGAGCUGGAUCUGAAGUUUGCGGGCGACGACCUACCGCCGGAGACUCGAGAGCAAUACAUGCUGGACAAAGAGCGCGAUCAAGAUGCCUUAGAGGACUACAUCAAAGUCGAGCGAGUUGUUGCGCAGCGAAGUGGUGACGAGGGCAGAGAGUACUUCAUCAAGUGGAAAGGCCUUACCUACGAACACUGCACAUGGGAGCUCGCUGGUGCCAUUAGCGAUGAUGCACCAGACAAGAUCGACCAAUUCCUCGACCGCCAAUCGCGAUCGUGGACCUCGGACAAGUACGAGUCAAACCCCGCGACCCGCACCAAGUUCCUGAAGCUCGACAAACAACCCAGCUACAUCAAGGGGGGCGAACUGCGAGGAUUCCAGCUUACUGGGUUGAACUUCCUGGCCCUCAACUGGUGUCGGGCGAACAAUGUUAUCCUUGCCGACGAGAUGGGUCUCGGAAAGACAGUCCAGACUGUAUCAUUUCUGAGCUGGCUGCGUAAUGAACGCAAGCAGGAAGGACCAUUCCUCGUCGUUGCUCCUUUGAGCGUCAUCCCUGCCUGGUGUGAUACCUUCAACCUCUGGGCUCCCGAUCUGAACUAUGUCGUUUACCUAGGUAAUUCCGAGGCGCGAAAUACGAUCCGGGAGCAUGAGCUUAUGUUGAACGGCAAUCCCAAGAAACCCAAGUUGAAUGUUCUGGUAACAUCGUACGAAUACAUAUUGAUGGAUGCGGAUUUCCUGAGAACGAUCAAGUGGCAGGCUCUGGCGGUCGAUGAAGCCCAUCGGCUGAAAAACAAGGAGUCCAAGCUCUACUCUGAACUGAUGAGUUUUGGUGCACCUGCUCGUCUCUUGAUUACCGGUACCCCCAUCCAAAAUAACCUGGCUGAGCUGUCAUCACUCCUGGACUUUCUCAACCCCGGAAAGGUCCACAUUGACGAAGAUCUGGAGACCUUGGCUUCGGCCGACGCUCAAGAAAAAUUACAAGAACUACAUGCCUCGAUUGCUCCGUUCAUCCUCCGGCGAGUCAAGGAAACAGUGGAGACAGAUCUCCCUCCCAAGACUGAGAAGAUUAUUCGAGUGGAGCUCUCUGACGUGCAGCUGGAGUACUACAAGAACAUCCUGACGCGGAACUACGCUGCUCUGAACGAAGGCAACACCGGCCAGAAGUCGUCUCUUCUAAACAUCGUCAUGGAGCUGAAGAAGGUCAGCAACCAUCCUUACAUGUUCCCAGGCUGUGAGGAAAAGGUCCUCAACGGAAGCGAGCGUCGGGAAGACCAGAUCAAGGGUCUUGUCGCCAGCAGUGGGAAGAUGAUGUUGCUAGACCAACUUCUUGCCAAGCUGAAGAAGGACAAUCAUCGCGUUUUGAUCUUCAGCCAGAUGGUCAAAGUCCUUGAUAUCUUGGGUGACUAUCUGCGACUUCGCGGUUAUCAGUUCCAACGACUUGAUGGUACCAUUGGAGCCGGGCCCAGACGUCUGGCUAUCAAUCACUUCAACGCGGAAGACAGUCAGGACUUCUGUUUUCUCCUAUCAACACGAGCAGGUGGUCUGGGCAUCAACCUGAUGACUGCCGAUACCGUCAUCAUUUUCGACUCCGACUGGAAUCCUCAAGCUGAUCUUCAAGCAAUGGCGCGAGCUCACCGAAUAGGCCAGAAGAGACCUGUCACUGUCUAUCGCCUUGUUUCCAAGGAGACCAUCGAGGAAGAAGUCCUCGAACGAGCUCGCAACAAGCUUUUGCUUGAAUACCUAGCCAUCCAAGCAGGAGUCACGGACGAUGGGAAGCAAUUCAGAGAGGAGUUCAAGCAGAAGGGACUCAGGAUUGACGAGGCCAAGUCAGCUGAUGAUAUCCAAUGGGUCUUGAAGAUGCGAUCCCAGAAGAUGUUCGAGCAAUCUGGAAACCAGGAGCGGCUGGAACAGCUCGACAUCGACACUAUCCUCGAGAAUGCCGAGGUCACCAAGACCAAGGUGGACGAUAAGAUGAAUCUCAGCACUGGUGGUAUCGAUUGGGACAACUUCAUGCAGUACACCGAUGUCAAGGUCGACGAUCUUACUCUUGAUUGGGACCAGAUCAUCCCCGCAGACGAAAUCGCCGCCAUCAAGGCCGAGGAUGAGAAAAAGAAGGAGGAAGAAUAUCUUGUUCGGGAGUUGGAAGCGAACGCUCCACGACGGGCUGCACUCAAGAGCUCCAGGACUAACGGUGAAACGGAGCGAGCUGAGCGUAUUGCGAAAAAGCGGGAGCGGGAACAGUUGAAACAAGAGCGUCUCGAGGAGCAGAGGGCCAUGCUUUCGGACCCACGACGGCCCUUGAACGAGAAGGAGUUGCGCAACCUCAUCAGAGCUUUCAUGCGGUACGGCUUCAUUGAAGAUCGACCAGACGAAUUGCUACGCGAUGCUCGGCUGAGUGACAGAGACCGAGACUUCGUCAGGGAAACGCUUAACGAUUUGAUUGCUACCGGUCGGGAUGCGGUGGAGAGGAAUAAUGACGAGAUUCGUUCGCAGGAGCGACAGAGCAACAAGAAGUUGACCAAGAAGGACAUCAAAGCUGUCAUGUUCGAUUUUGGCGAGGUCAAGAAAAUCAAUGCUGAGACCAUCCUCGAACGGCCACCGCAGCUGCAACUCCUGCGACGCACCAUCAACGAAAAAUCCGACUUCCGGGAUUACCGACUCGCCGAAGCCACCAAAACAGCACACUACAGCUGUGAAUGGGGCGCCAAAGAGGAUGGAAUGCUCCUCGUCGGCAUUGAUAGGUAUGGGUUCGGGGCUUGGACACAGAUUCGUGACGACAGGGAGCUCGGCAUGCAGGACAAGUUCUUUCUGGAAGAACAUCGCAUCGAGAAGAAGCAAGAGCGAGAGCAUGCCGAGGCCAAAGGUGCAAAAGCCCCAGGGGCUGUCCACCUAGUCCGUCGUGCCGAGUACUUGCUAUCGGUGCUCACUUCUGUCCAUUCUGAUGAUGUCGAAGCCCGGAAGGUAGUGGAGAAUCACCACCGUAACAACAAGAAGGGCGCGCACGGCAUGAUGAACGGACAUCGCCGCUCUGAUAAAGGAGGUUCUGUCUCGUCCUCGCCAGUCCCUCAGAAUGCGAAGAAGCUUUCCCAUCGGGACCGAGAUCACGAUCGAGCCCACUCACGCGGAGAUCACCAUCGUUCACGUAGCAGCAUUGGUGACGGCAGCACGCCGAGGCCUGAUUCGAAGAGGAAGCAUAGCGGAGAAGUCGAUGAUCGUCGAUACAAGCAUCGUCGGGUAGAAGAACACAGACGGAGCGGCGGGCCCAACCAGCAAGAAGCGGAGGACGAAGAUGACGCGAGGAACGCACCUGUCAUUGAGGCACUCAUGCAGCCGAUCUGGAGCCAUGUCGAGAAGGUUGAGUCUUGCACCAAAGCGAAUAUCCCCAUAGCCAAGGCAAGGGCCAAGGUCUUGAAGUCUCAGAUCACAGCUAUAGGCGACUUCAUUGAAGGCCUUCACAGGACUUCCGGCUUGUCGCUGGACCAACUGGAGGAACUCAAGCCGAAGCUAUGGAGAUUUAUAUCUAAGAGGAUACCUGCUUCUGAGAAACAGUCGUCCGGCAAACCCGAAAUGGAUGACCGGUCGCCCCCUCCGAAGUCUUCUGGGAAAUCCUCGUCUAACGGAAUGACUGGUCCGCGGCUAUCCUCGUUAUACCAACAACUGAAAGACGCAGAUGAGAAGAACGGCGAUGUUCCCCAGAAGAAGGGUUCCGGCUCGGCUGUCACCAACGGAGGUUCUCGUGGUGAAUCCUCCAAGACGGCUCGCUAA